AUGCUCGUUACCAGGCAGUUUGAUACGGAGCAAAGCCACUGGUCUAGCAAGUUCGAGGCCGCCUUCGACAAGUCCACAAGCACACGCAUGUCGAGCUACGACGGUCCUUUAUCCACACAGCCUGACUGGCAGGGGCACUACUCUUUUCUCCCUCCUGGGGAGAACAACAUCUUCGCGCAGCCUUUCCAGCAAGCAUUGGGGUCUGGAAGCAAUAAUGACGUCCAGUCUCAGCAGAGCCCGUCGAGCGCGCAGAACAGCACCCUAGAGAACCCUAGUCAGUCGAGGCAAAGCGCAGUCAACUCUCCCACGAGCCACCAUCUAGAUCCUUUAGGUCUGCGACAAUCCAAAGCCGAAACUCCUACACGAGAACAAUCAGACAUACAAGGCACGAAUUAUGCCAUCAAAACGGAACCAGCUAACGAGGAAACCUUGAGCUCUACUGAUGCUCCUGGCCAUUCGCUUGGAUCAAACCCAACAGGAUCGAAAUCGUCGGCAGGGCAAGCUCAGGACGCCGCCUCUACCACGAGCGGAAAUGAGGACACCAUCCUAGGGAAAGAGGAGGACGAUGAGGUACUCGAUGACGAUGAGAUGGUGGAAGUUGAAGGCGAGGGGUCAGGGGUACCAAUGACAGCCGCCGAGCGAACUGCUGCUCGACGGAAGAUGAAGCGGUUUAGGCUCACACACCAGCAGACCCGUUUUCUAAUGAGCGAGUUCGCAAAGCAGCCGCAUCCCGAUGCUGCUCACCGAGAGCGGUUGUCGCGAGAGAUUCCAGGCCUGAGUCCCAGGCAGGUCCAGGUCUGGUUUCAGAAUCGGAGAGCCAAGAUAAAGAGACUUACAGCUGACGACCGAGAUCGAAUGAUCAAAAUGCGCGCGGUGCCCGACGACUUUGACAACGUCCAGGCAUUGCACUCCCCGUACGGAGCCGUGCAUGCGUUAGGAACGCCAAUCACGCCCCCUGUUGACUUCGGAUCGUCUUCGUACGCGGAUCAUAUGAUGAGACCGUUGAUGGUGGACACGAUGCGGAGAGGCGAUGGUGAUGAUCACAUGUCGCCAACAGGACUGAGCCCGGCGUUCGGUAAUAUUGGCUUCACAACCCCGGGAACUAUGAGCAACUCGGACAUUCUUUCACCACUCUCGCCAGCAUCCAAUGAUCGGGGGUACUAUUCGGGUCAAUUGACAAGUCCUCUUGGAGGGUCCCGGACAUCGAAUCCGUUCGCCAGACAGAACAGUCUCGACACAGGAGUUCAGAUGCACUUACAGUCACGGCAGCAGGUUCGCCCCUUACAACCGCUCCAGCUUCGGGAAACGAUGUCAAGAUCGAGAUCAGACAACCUGCAGUCGCCUCUUCGCUCGAGCAUGUCGUGGAAGGGCGAUUCGAUUGAUUACUCAGCAUACCCGGGCAGUGGAAGCAGUCCGGGAAUGGCAGGAAGACACCAUUCUGUCUAUCAGCCGGAUCAGAUGGGCAGCAACCCUGGGAGUGCGCUGGGUUACGAUUCCGGCUCAUACUCCUCUUCGGGAGUUCAGACUUCAUCAACCAACAUCAACUACUCGAGCUUACCGCAACCUUCACAAAACCGAUCCCGAUUGCGAGCGGCUUCGGCCACACUUCCCCUCGGCCUCGACCUACGACACCAAUUUCGAUCCGUAUCUUCGCUCCAGCCCCCAGUUCACUCAUCAACACCUCGAUCAUCUAGUACUGCGCCUUACGGUGGCUCAUCUGCUUAUACCAGCAGUUUCCCGUCUGCUCCUCUUACUGCGCCGAUCGACUUUCCGCAUUCGAGGAACCCCGGUGGCAUCAGAUCUGCGAUCCACGAUUACCACAUGCCUCAGAUGAGCGCCCCCAUAGCGCCUUCGCAAGAAUUCAGCCAGGCGCUGCACGGGAACAUGGGUGGUUCCAGCACACGGACUCCGAUGAGGGAUACGUUUGGCGGUGGUCCUCUAGGCAUCGGCCAAGGCCAGGGAUCUAAUGAGAGAAGCGAUGACUAUUCCCAGGAUGGGCUGGGCGGGUCAAGUGCGGCCCUGAAAAGCAAGCGGAGCUCGUUCAGUCUCUCUCAGAGCGGUCACACGUCCGGACCUGCGCAGAGCUCUCAGUCGUACGGGCACACAACAUAG